AUGACAACUUACAAAUUCCUUAAGAACAAAAGUGUUGGCAUCAUUGGGUGUCCCUUUAGUGGUGGCCAGGCAAAAGAAUUGGAAUGGAACGUUGAAUUUGAUGGGCAUCACAAACUAACUGAACUUCGUCCAGCCGAAGACCCAAACAUAGGGAAGCUAAAGAAACCUCGCUACGUUUCAAGAGUAACUGAAGCCGUAUCUAAGGCUGUUGAGUCACAUCUUAAAAGAGGACAGUUGGCGUUAACACUUGGUGGUGAUCAUAGCCUCGCUUUAGGCACUGUGGUAGGAACUUUAUCAGUUCACCCAGAAGCUUGUCUUAUUUGGAUUGAUGCGCACGCAGAUAUUAAUACCCCAGAAACUACAGAAUCUGGUAAUUUGCAUGGUUGUCCGGUAUCAUUUUUGUUAGGCAUUGCAGGAAAAGUCCCAGGGUUCGAAUGGGUCAAACCAUUUCUCAAGCCAGAUCGACUUGUUUAUAUUGGACUUCGAGAUGUGGAUCGACCAGAGAAAAAAAUUUUAAAACAAUUGGGAAUCAAGGCAUACUCGAUGCAUGAGGUAGAUAAAUAUGGAAUUGGUAAAGUUGUAGAAAUGGCACUUGAUUCAGUAAAUCCAAAAAGGGAUCGCCCGAUUCAUUUAAGUUUUGAUGUUGACGGCCUUGAUCCAACCGUUGCUCCGAGUACAGGUACUCCUGUUCGUGGUGGUUUGACCUUUCGAGAAGGACAUUAUAUCUGCGAAGCUAUUCAUAAUACAGGAUGUCUUGUUUCCGUUGAUAUCAUGGAAGUAAAUGUAAAUCCCCUUCUUUUCGAUGAAGCAAGCGUAUUUGAAACUGUAACAAUCGGAUGUUCAUUAAUUCGAUGUUGUUUAGGUGAAACUUUACUGUAA